UUCGCUGUGCGAGGAGGGAGAGGCGCCUGUGCGCGCCUUGGGCCUGAGAAGGACUUUGGCAUCGUGUAGGCCGGCUCUUUAGCCGGCCGCAAGAGCAGGUACCGGGGCUGGUGAAAUCAUGACGUCUUCAGGAAAAGAGAAUUUUCGACUGAAGAGUUAUAAAAACAAGUCUCUGAACCCUGAUGAAAUGCGUCGCCGUCGUGAAGAAGAGGGCCUUCAAUUGCGGAAGCAAAAACGAGAGGAGCAGUUGUUUAAACGGAGAAAUGUUGCCACAGCUGAUGAAGAGACAGAGGAGGAAGUUAUGUCAGAUGGUGGUUUCCAUGAAACUCAAAUGAAUAACAUGGAAAUGACAUCUAAUGCAGUGAUUACUUCUGACAUGACCGAGAUGAUCUUUUCCAAUAGUCCGGAACAGCAGCUCUCAGCUACCCAAAAGUUUCGAAAACUUCUCUCAAAAGAACCAAAUCCUCCUAUAGAUGAAGUUAUCAGCACACCAGGAGUUGUUGCCAGGUUUGUGGAGUUCCUCAAACGGAAAGAAAACUGCACAUUACAGUUUGAAGCCGCCUGGGUUCUGACUAACAUUGCCUCUGGAAAUUCCCUUCAAACUCGGAUUGUGAUCCAAGCAGGAGCUGUUCCUAUCUUCAUAGAACUACUCAGCUCAGAAUUUGAAGAUGUGCAGGAACAGGCUGUUUGGGCUCUUGGUAAUAUUGCAGGUGAUAGUACCAUGUGUAGAGACUAUGUACUUGACUGCAACAUCUUGCCCCCUCUAUUACAAUUGCUUUCCAAACAGAAUCGUCUUACCAUGACUCGGAAUGCUGUAUGGGCACUAUCUAAUCUUUGCAGAGGGAAGAAUCCUCCUCCAGAUUUUGUUAAGGUAUCGCCCUGUCUGAGUGUACUCUCAUGGCUGCUGUUUGUCAAUGAUACAGAUGUUCUAGCAGAUGCAUGUUGGGCACUCUCCUACUUGUCUGAUGGACCCAAUGAUAAAAUUCAGGCUGUGAUUGAUGCCGGAGUGUGUAGGAGACUUGUAGAGCUGUUGAUGCACAAUGACUACAAAGUGAUAUCUCCUGCCUUGCGAGCAGUUGGGAAUAUUGUGACGGGGGACGAUAUCCAGACCCAGGUAAUACUGAACUGUGCAGCCCUGCAAAGUUUAUUACACUUGCUAAGUAGUCCUAAAGAAUCAAUCAAAAAGGAAGCAUGUUGGACAAUAUCAAACAUUACCGCCGGAAACAGAGCCCAGAUUCAAACUGUCAUAGAUGCCAAUAUUUUCCCAGCUCUAAUAAAUAUUUUGCAAACUGCUGAGUUUCGGACAAGAAAAGAAGCAGCUUGGGCUAUCACUAAUGCAACGUCAGGUGGCUCUGCUGAACAAAUAAAAUAUCUAGUAGAACUUGGUUGCAUCAAACCACUCUGUGAUCUCCUUACUGUGAUGGAUUCAAAGAUUGUGCAGGUAGCACUUAAUGGACUUGAAAACAUCCUGAGGCUGGGUGAGCAAGAAGCAAGAAGAAGUGGCACUGGCAUUAAUCCAUACUGUGCACUCAUUGAGGAAGCCUACGGCCUGGAUAAGAUUGAAUUCCUGCAAAGUCACGAGAACCAAGAAAUAUAUCAAAAGGCCUUUGACCUGAUUGAGCAUUACUUUGGGACAGAAGAAGAAGACAGCAACAUUGCCCCACAAGUAGAUAUUGGCCAGCAACAGUACAUCUUCCAGCAGUGUGAGGCUCCCAUGGAAGGUUUCCAGCUCUGAAGUGCUCCUGUCUGCCAGUCUUCAUGUAGAGCUCUGAGUGGUCUCAUUUACCAUAAAUGUGUGAGCUAAUUUGCUUGCUUUGCACACACACUACCUUAAACACAACUGGAAAAAUAUUUGGCUCUUAGUUGUAGGAUGCCACUUUGGUAAGGGCUUAUCUUAAAUACUGGGCCCAUUGUUCAGAACUGGCGCACUUCUGUAAAGAUACCAUUUUUCCUGAUUUUUCCUAUUUUCCUGCAUAUGCACUGAAAUGGUGUAACCCUAGAUUUUCAAAACGAGGACAGCAUUUCCCUAUGGAGCCUUCUUUACUGUCUACAGAGACUUUUGAGAGACUCUUCCUUCCCACGCAUUCCUUUAGGUGCCUGCCUCAUUCAAUGAAUUUAAGAGAAAUAUUUAAUGCUCACUCAGAAUUCUUCUGUGCGGCAGCCUGGGUUCCUGUUAAUUUAUAUGCAUAUAUGGUUAGAAUUAUCCUGUUCCCUGCAACCUAUGAAUACCUUUCUCCAGGCUCUAGGAAUAUUGUUAAUUGUCAGCAAGCCGAUUUCAGCACUCCCAUUUUGACUGCAUAGGACUUGGAGUUGCUCACUUUCUUCCAUGCAGACAGGGAAUCAGCCCAUCCUUCUGUUAAAAAGAUAGCACUUUCUUUAAGAUGUCCUAUGUUGUGCCAUCAACAGAGAAAAUCUGUCUACCACAGCCUAAGUUAGCACUCUCGCCUAAAGCAUACUUUCACGUCCUCACUAGCAUGGUGAUGAAAAAUCCCAACUUGAUUCUUUGUACAGCUUCAUCAAAGCUGUAUUGUAUGUGCUUAAUAUUCUAAACUAUUGAUGCAAGGACCCUGGAUUCCUGAUUUGCAUCUGCUUUCACAAACUAGUUUCUAAAUCAAAUCAAAGACAGGUUGGUUAUUAGUAGCUUCAUUAAAAAUACCAGAAACCACCUCCCCUGUAUAAUAGACUCCAACACACCCAAGUAAUAAUCUGUUUCACAGUUAAACUAUAAGCACUUCAGCCGUUUAACACUCUUAACUUGCACAUUUCAUUUAGUUUUCAAUCCAGCUAUCUCCAAUGAAAAAGUAGUACUCCAGUGUCUGUAGCAGCUGAGAGGUUCUAUUUCCUUGAAGAAUACCCUUUGGAUAAGACAGAGGUUGGGGAUUUCCAGUAAGCUUGGGUUUAAGGCCUUGGAAAUGAAUGCCAGUUGCUUUGAUCUUCUCCUACCUUUUAUGUCCUCUGAUCUUGAUAGGAUAAUACAAUUAUUUCAGGGGUGUUGUCCUGUGAAUGAAUUAAGUGGCAUUUUCAUUCAAUUUAACUUUCUAAACACAUGUCCUUCGUUUACAAUUCACUAAAGAAAACUAACAUCACCCACAAUAUAUCUACUUUGUCAAGCUUUUACAAGGUCUGAUCUAAUCUAUGACCUGUAUCCCACCUAGCUCCCAUUGAUGUCUGUUCUUCAGCAGCCUACACAAUCCAAAUUACUAUAUUCAGUACAGCACUCUUAUGCUGAAGAUGCACCAUAGGUUACAAGUGUCAGUUGAAUUUCAAUAUUGUUUGAAUUUAGGAUUUUAAAAGUAGAGCUAAGGUAACUAGGAUGGUACAUUUUGCAAUAAACUAAUUGUCCAUUUUGUUGAUUGUCCAGAUUGUUGGGCCCCAGGUGAGAAGGAAUUUAUGGGCUCAUGCUAAUUGUUGUUAGUACAUAACAAGUUUGACUCCAUGAUGAUGUGACAAUCGUGCUUGCUGUCUACAUGAUUCCUGAUUGGCUAGGAUUGCUUUGGGAAGAGAUCCCCAUUUUUGACACCAGAAGUGCAGAUGGGGAAAAGAAUGUGUUACACAUAGGAAAGCAGACAAUAUGACGUUUGCAGUUUAAAGGUAAAUGAGCAAUCUAACAAUAUAUCACAUAAUCAUUUUUCUUUCUUAAAGGAUGGUAGGAACACUGAUGAAAGAAAAAAUUGUUUCAUUUCCACAGGGAUUUUUUUGUGGCUGGGUUUUUUAAAGGGUAAAUUACUGACUACAUGCCAUUUCUAUACAAUUUGCUUUAAAUCAUGUACUUUAUUGCAUAGUUGUUCUAGAGAGAGGAGCUACUUAUUUUGUAAACCAGCUUCAAUGAAGUGUGUAUGUGAUACUGAAAUGUAUCAUAUAUACCAAUACUAAGCGUGUGCAUACCUAGCUUGUACAUGCACAUACACACUCUUCUGGGACAAUUGCUAAUGUGUAUGUAUAUAUGUAUAUUUACACAAACUUCACACUGGAAGUUUUUCUCUGAAGCUCCUAGAACAAUAAUGGUGCAUUGGUGUUUCUUCUAGUAAAUAAUGACAGUUAUCUCUUUAAAAGGGUGAAUUAAAUCAUAUAUUCAAAUGAAUGAAAUGGAGUGUGUAUGUGUUUAUGGAAGAGCUAAUUAGAUCUUUUUGUUACUAUACCAUAUAGGUAAAAUGUAGAAAUAGAUUGUACAGUCCAGAGUUGUAUAAUUGAAAUAUUUUAGAUAGCCGAGGCUAUAAAAUGUGACUAGUUAUGUAGCCUGCUGAAGGUAGUUCUUUUGUUUGUUGUUUUUAUGUGGCAUAGAGAGAGGAGAUCAACUCCUGAAUAGGUGUCUAUACCUACCAGGUGUGCACUGAGUGGAUUGAAUGGAAUCUGAAUGAGGACUGUAAUUGUUAUGUUGUCUUAAAGUGAUUCCAAAAAACAAAAAAAAGGAAGCUUGGAAAGAUCUGCUGCUUUGAAGUGCUCAUAAAACUUUUGUGUAGGUAACAGGAACAGCCAACACUGGAUUUAGUAUCCUGUCUACAUAUCCAUACUUAUAGCCACAAAAUCUUUGGUAGUAUGCAAGGACUCCUGCUUCUUCAGAGGAGUGGCCUUCACAGCCAAAAGAAUGUUGAAAUAAAAAUAUGGCCUUACAAGCUGGACCUUUAAAAUUUGCAUAUUCACUUAAAUUACUGGAAAACUGUACCAGAUAUUUUUUUCCCUAAAAAUGGUUCCAAGCUAGGUCAGAAGAGAGAAGGAAAAUAAAUGUGGAAGGAGGGACUAUUCGUUUCCUCCUAUGAUAGCCUAUAGUUUGUCAUCACUUUGUGAAUUCAGGGCCAGUCUCAAAAAUUAAGUCUAUCACUCUUCUAUUACUCUACCUUGGACUAUUAUUUCUGACUAUUAUGGCCACUGACAGCUAGAGAGCAAGAUGGAACUAGGCCUGGUUCUGCUAGUAUGCUUGGCAAAAACUACAGAAUGUAAUCAGUAUUAUUCAAGUGAGGAAUUGUUUUUCAUAUAAAUGUUCCCUUUUUGUCUUAAGAAAAAUUUGUGAUUUUUUUAGGAAAACAUCACUGACAAAUCCCAAAAAAUGUAAGAGCAGGUUAGGACACUUCAGGGGAUUUUAAUUCAGCUUUUAAUGCAGAUGAGGUGAUCUCUGUCAGUCAUAAUUUCUGGGGAAAUAUCAAGUAGAAUAAAAAGAGUUUGAAUUUCAAGUUGCUGUCCAGUUGCUAGAAUGCCAUUGCUAGGCAUGCAUGGACUGACAGAGCUCUGGUUAGCAUCAUUGCUUUGUAGGGACAGCCCCCUAAGGAAAAUGGGCUCUUCUGCCAAGUUGUUGGCAAUUAGCAGAUAAAAUCUCUCUGCAAUCAGGAAGAGACAGAUCUUGUGUAUCCUAGUGAAAUGUCAUCUUGUCCUCCUGAACUAAAUCCUAAGUAAAAACAGUUACUGUCCUGCAGGUUAAGAACUUGGAUGUUGCCUUAUGAGAUGCAUUAUCUAUAUACCAUUAUUAAGCACAAUACAGGAAGCAGAGAAUUUAAGCAUAGGUUGCCAAGAGUAUCCAGCUGUGAUCUGGUUAUUGUAGAGAAUCAUUAAAUUCUUUGUGGCCUUUUUGUGCCCCAUAGAUAUGGAUUCUGUGCUGGACAAAGCACACUAGAAGAGAUUUUAGUAAAGCCUAUAUGUUUCCAUUAAUGGAACUCACAAAGGAAUUGCUCCACUCAGUUCUCCUUUGAUCACUUAUGAAAAGCUGAGAUGCAUCUUUUUUUUUUUUUCCAUUUUAUGGUUCCCUUCUUAGUCUUUCCUGCAUUUAAUUUUAUUUUAAUUUAAUGGUUUGAUUUUCAAACUUUUAAGCAUCUCUUCUAUGUAUUGUAUUUGGGAUCUCAUCAUUCUGAAUUGCAUCUUCACUGAAACAGCAAGGUAGGCAACCUGCUAUCCGCAGAUACUAAGGUACCAGUAGGUAGCCCCAUUGUCAGCCAUGUUCCCUGACCAUCUGACUUCAUUUUUAAAGAUUCCUUCAACAAAACUAGAAAUUGGUAUGCUCCAGCCCACAUAAGACCCGUAGGCUUUUUUGCAGUGGAAAAAAGCAAGUGGCUACAGCAGAGGGCUUUUUGGGAUGUACCCCCAAAUUGUCCAUUAAAAAAAGAUGAACUAACUACAGAUGUUAUCUUUGCCAUCCCAUUUUCUCCUCUGUGAUUGGUCAUACCCAUGAUGGAAGUCAUUUUGUGAGAAUGCUUUUAACAUAUCCCCUCCUCCCCCCCAUUUGUCUACUCACAGGAAAAUUUGUGAAGCAAUCUUACUGGAAUGAGCACUUCAUAGAUGUCCACCUAAAAAGUGACAAAUGUCACCUUCCUUCCACUAUAACACAAACUAUGUAUUGCUAAACAAUGCUGUAACAUGCAUGCUGAUCCCCAGUUUCCUUAGGAGCAAGGCUGCCCACUGUAAAAGUCAUAAAGCUUUGCCGUUCUUGAUUCAUGAGCAGUCACUUGUUGUAAAUCCUUGGAGUCCUGAAGGGUCUAUGUUCUGCUACUGUAUAACUCUGAAAUGUGUUUGUCUUGAAUCUCACAGAUAGGAAUUCACCUCCAUUGGUGUCCAUUCUCUGUCCCACGCGUAGGCACAUCUUGGCAUUUGGAUGUGAUUCCUCAUGCUAUUCCAUAAGACAUUCCAUGGAAUUAGAAACUGUAUUGGGUAUGGCCAACUUUCUUUUAACAUUAAGACAGUUGCUCAAAACACGACUAUUUUGAAUAUCCAGCUUCUCUCAUCUCCAUUCUUGCCAUAGUGCAUCUCCCCACCUACCCUUCAUUAUAAAAAACCCAAAAUGUGACCUUUCCAACUGAUGCUACCUGCUUUGUUUGCCUUUAUUGUCAGCUAUACUUUCAGAACUAUCAGACAGAGCUGGUUCGGCACCGACAUUGUACAUGGUAUAACUGCAAGGUUGAUUAAGAUUCAGUGCUGUUACCAGUUAAAAAAAAUAACAAUACCAUCUAAUUUAAUACUUAGAUGAAAUUGAUACUAAACUUUAGUAGCAGUUCAGAAUGGAUGUUUAUUUUUUUAAAAUGCAGCCUUUUUCAUCUUUUCAAAUGUCCAUUUGAUAACUAAAAUGAGUGCCCACUUGAAAUACAUAAUGUUGGACAUGAGCAGUAUCAGGAAGCAAGUAAAAGCAUGCUGUAUAAUUUCUUUAGGCUUUCAUAUUCUGGGUUUCUAGGAAGCUUCUGGAUAGCUGCUGUUAGAUUAUUUUGUUCAUUAAAUACCGUGUAUUUCUUCAAAUGUCAGGAAAUGAUUCUCCAUUUCUUAGGUUUAUGUCAUUUCAGUAUUCAGGUUUCUUCUUGAAACUAAAUCACAUAUGACGGUUAUUUCACGAAAUGGAAAAGAUGCCAGAGACUAGAAAGAACUUCUUAGGAUACAAUCCUUACACUAGGCAGUGACAAUUAUGAAGACUUGCAUAAAAAAAGAGAUACAACUUGGGGGUAUACUAACAAGGCAAGUGUCUGUUUACUGUUUCUUUAAGGUUUACGGGUAGGAUCAGAUAAGUGUGAAUAACUAUGAAUUGUUUUACCAUUCAUGCACAUGUUGUUACCCAGUCCAGAUGAAUUCAGUAUCUUGGAUAGAUCCAUUAAUUGUUAAAAGUAGGGUGUAUUUAACAGGUUACAUAGAUUUUUAAUAUAUAUCCAGCAUCCAGGAUUUAAAAGAACAUUCUGAGGUAUAGAUUUAGCCUUUCAAAACCAAAAGGUGCUUUUGUUUUAGUCAGAAAUGGAGUCUUCCAUCAGAAAGGAUGAGAGUUUUAGAAUUACCAUUAAAUUAUAUGUUCUUUUUUUG